UCAGCAGUCGGCACUGCAGCCGUCGUAGUCGUAUUGUCGUAGUUGCACCGUCGUUUCGGGCCCCGCAAUCGUAGUGCCCAUAAUAAACACAGUGUUGUUUGUGUGUCGGGCCGUGUGACUGGUGCGUGCGCGCGUGACGGCCUACUCUUUGUGCGUGUGCGUGCGCAGUGCUCGCGCGCAUGUGUGUGUGUGUACGAUCCGUCGCGAUGAUAAGUGCCGCUGGUGGCAAUAGCAGCAGUUGUAGUAGAUUUAGUCGUAGUAGCGAUAGCGUACGCAAUAAUAAUAAUAAUAAUUCUCACCGUCGUGCCGUUUCACGGAUCGCAGUUCUCUCGGUCUGACGCCAGCCAGGCGGAGUUCGGGCACUCGAUCGCCACAUCGUUGUGUUUUUAGACGUGAUUUUUAAUCGUUUUUUUUUUUUUUUUAUUCGUUUUUUAAUUUCUCUACCGUUUUUAACUCGAGUUUCCUCACCCCACGUCACCCUCCCCACCGCCCGUCUGCGGUUUCUUUUUCGCCGAGUUCUCGGCACCCGUCCGCGUGUCGCAGUCGGACCCCCCGUCAAAACUCCGACACUGCGCGGUGGCGGCGUCCGUGGUGGUACAAAAUAUGGCGGCCAGCAGCCCGAACAGCAGCAGCAACAACACGACCGUGGUGAACUCGGACUGCGGCGGCGGUUCGACCGUCGGUAGCGGUUCCGCGGCCGUCAACGGCACCGCGACCAGCGCGUUCGGCGAACUGGGCAACGGUCGGCUGAAGCUUCUGUACCCGAUGGUGGACGAGAACGACACGCCGUUACCGCGAAGCUGGAACUCCAAAGACAAGUUCACCAAUCUCGGGCUGUCGCAGAACAACAUACGUGUACAUUACAAAGGUCAUGGUAAAACACAUAAGGAUGCAGCCAGUGUUAGAGCCACACAUCCUAUUCCUGCUUCUUGUGGUUUAUAUUAUUUUGAAGUAAAAAUAGUAUCAAAAGGACGUGAUGGUUACAUGGGUGUUGGACUUUCAGCCCAAGGAGUCAAUAUGAAUCGUUUACCAGGUUGGGAUAAACAUUCAUAUGGUUAUCAUGGUGAUGAUGGCCAUUCAUUUUGCUCAAGUGGCACAGGUCAACCAUACGGACCUACUUUUACUACUGGCGAUAUAAUCGGUUGUGGAGUAGAUCUUGUGCACAACCACUGUUUUUAUACUAAAAAUGGAAUCCAUUUAGGAACAGCAUUUACUGACCUUCCCCCAAAUUUAUUUCCCACAGUAGGAUUACAAACACCUGGUGAGGUGGUUGAUGCCAAUUUUGGACAGAUGCCAUUUCUGUUCAAUAUUCAAGAAAUGAUGAAAGAACUCAGAAGCCAAACACAAAUGACUAUUCAAAAUUAUCCAUUUUCUUAUCCAUAUUCACAGUGCCAGACAAAUUUCCAUAAAAUGGUAUCUACUUAUUUAGUUCACCAAGGUUUCUGUGCAACUGCAGAAGCAUUUAUUUCUCAAACUGAUCAAUCAUUUGAAGAAGAGAUUGCUUCCAUAAAAAAUCGCCAAAAAAUAUUAAAAUUAGUUUCAACUGGUCGAAUGGGUGAAGCUAUUGAAAUGACCAAUAAGCUUUAUCCUGGGUUACUUGAAUCAAAUCGUAACCUCCUAUUUAAGCUCAAAUGUCGUCAGUUUGUUGAAAUGGUUAAUGGUACAGAUUCUGAGGUAACACCCCGCUCAUCUUAUGAUAACAUUGAAAUUCAUUCAACCACUCGUCCUUCGCCAAAACGUACAUUACAGUCUAAUCGAAGUCCGACAUCUAUACAAACCAAUGGAAACAUAAAAUGUCAAAAAUUAUCAAAUACUACUGAAGUGACUGAAAUAAAUUCAGUGAAUUUGAUAUUAAAUGGUUCAUCAGAUAUAACCACAAUUAAAACGAUUAAAAAUGGUACACCAAAAAUUAAUGACUACCAAAUAGAAAAAAUGGAUUGCAACGAAGACAACCAAAUGACUGAUUAUAAUAUUAUGUCAGCAGACAGUGUAAAUGGACAUCACCAAAAUCACUUUAUAAAAGAAGAGUAUAGUUCAAACGGUUAUCACAAUGGACAUAAUUGUGAUGAACUAAGUAAUGGAACAUCAAGAGUUAAUAAUAAUGGAAAUGAAGAAUCAAUGGAUAUUGAUCAACCAGAAUAUCACCAAACUACCAAAAAAGUAUGUGGUGGCAGUAAGCCUGGUGUUGAAAAAAUGUUAGAAUUCGGUCGAGAAUUAUUCUUACUUAGUUUGCAACUGCGACAAGAAUUAGGAAGAAAUGAAACAAAUAAAAAAAUGUUACAAGAUGCGUUUAGUUUAUUAGCAUAUUCUAAUCCUUGGGAUAGUCCUGUUGGUUGGCAACUGGAAGCUUCCCAGAGAGAUAGUGUAUGUGCAGCACUGAAUUCUGCUAUCCUAGAAUCGAGUAAUUUACCACGACGUCCGCCCCUGGAAAUGACUGUUGGUCAUGCCUAUGAACUAGUCAAGCUGAUGGCAGCAUCUAGCAUGGGAGCAUGUGCUUUCACUAAUAUUGACGAACUGCUCAAAUGACCUUCGUGCAAUGUGCGCGUCUCACUGCCACCAUUCUGCAGAGUUCAAAGCGGUUGGCCGCCAAUUUUGAACACAGUAACAAUGGCAAAAGUACUUUAAGCGGCCACAUCACCCACAAAAAAUAUUUUGUACAAAUUAAAAAAAAAAAAACAUUAAUUGACAAUUACAUUUUUCUGUAUAAGCGUGUAAGUAGUAUUUUUUCAAAUAGAAUUUUAAAAUAUUUACUGUUAACACAAUGUAAAUUAGCAUUAAAUUUAACAAAUGAAAUUUCAAACUUAUCUGAAAAUUAUUUUCACUCAUACAUAUUUUUUCUUGUUAUUUAAUUGUAUUAUUUAAAAAAUUAAAAACUACAAAUAUUGUAUACUUUAAAAAUUUAAAAAUUUUGUUAAUCUUUUUUAUUUUUGCGGACAAAUAUUUAUAAAAAUAACAAAUUAUGAAGGUCUGAUGAACUUGUCAGUUUAAUAUUUUAUUGUCGGAUCCAAUUUAUAAUUUGAUGUACGCAAAUGUUAUUUGCGUAUUUUAUGAUCUCUUCACAUAAUUUAUGCAACAUGUAUCAAUGAUAUUUUAUUGUUGUAAUGUGAUUCUUGAUUACCUUUUCUUGACAAAUAAGUUUUUUUUUUUUUUAUUGAAUCAAAUGAUGUUUAUUUUUUAUUAAAUAUAAAUUUCGAAUCGCCAACACUAAUGUAUAAGAUCAUUUAAACAUUGUACCAUAUUAUUUAAUUUAUAGUUGUUAGUCUCAUAUGAUUGUACUAACAAAAUAUAAUUAGUUUAUUUAAAUAUAGUUUUUUUUUCUGGAAAUGUUUGUUUAUUUUUUAUAAUAUUAUACAUAUUUAGUAUGAAUAAGUAUUUGUAUGUUUUUGAAAUUUCGUUGCCUAGCAACAUUUUAUAAGUUAUCAAAACAUUAUGCUUCAUACCUAUAAAAUUAAUGUUAAUGUGUUACAAAAUUUCAAUAUAUUGUAAAAAUCGUGAGUGAAAUA